AUGGAGAACACCGACAACACAAGAAGACAUGUUAAUGAGAGAGGGGAACAAAUUUCAAUUGAUAUACAAGACUCCAUUAACAAAAGGAUAAAUAACCUGCCUCCACUGCCAAAUGAUUGUAGUAUCUUUAGAAUUCCCAAGAGAAUGCGCGAAAUGAAUGAAAAGGCUUACACACCUCAGGUGGUUUCUAUGGGUCCAUUUCAUCGCGGCAAAAUACACUUACAAGCCAUGGAAGAGCUUAAACCGAGAUACUUGCAGUCAUUCCUUAACCGUACUUAUCGCAUGAGUUUGAACAGUUGUAUAAAAACGUUAAAGGAGUGGGAAAAGAGAGCUCGAAGUUAUUAUUCAGAAACCAUUGGGAUUAGCAGUGAUGAAUUUGUGGAAAUGAUGCUUUUAGACGGUUGUUUUAUCAUUGAGGUCUUUUGGAGGUUGUAUCAUCGUAAAAAUAAAGAACCGGAUUACUUAGAUAGGCAAAUUUACAUGAGUGAUCUAUGCAACGACAUGAUCUUACUUGAAAAUCAGCUUCCCUUCUUUGUUCUCAAUGAUCUCUUCGACCUAGCCUUCCCUCCUAGCCCUUGUCAAUCCUCUUCCUUCCUCAUGUUUUCCAUCAGGUACUUCGGAAUGACUGAUAUUGUCAGAGAUAAAAACCCGUCAUUUUCAAGUUCUGAAGUAAAGCAUUUUGUUGAUUUGUUGAGGUUAUGUCACCUACCAUCAUCUCUAAGGUCACUUCCUCAAGGUGACAUUGAUUUUGUGCCGAUACCCAAUGCAACAAAGCUUCAAGAGUCGGGAAUUAAGUUUAAGAAGGGCUCGAGCUAUCGCUAUCCUGACAUAGCACAAACAAGCGAGAAUGUGUUGGAAAUCCCCCCGUUGGUCAUAGCUAACUGGACUGAACCUUUGUUUAGAAACCUCAUGGCGCUAGAGCAAUUUCAAUAUCCAUUUAAUAGUUAUAUAAUAGAUUAUAUAUUUUUUAUGGAUAACCUUAUUGAUUCCGCUAAAGAUGCAGAUUUACUUAUCAAAAAUAAAAUUUUUGGUAACUACCAAGGCGACGGCUCUACAGUGGCAACCCUUUUUAAUAGUUUAACUAAGGAAGUGAAUUUGUAUUGUCCCAACUACUACUUUUAUGAUAUGAGUGAAAAACUGGAUAAGUAUUGCAGCGAUCCAAGGCACGAGUGGAAGGCGACAUUAAAACAUGAUUAUUUCAGUACUCCAUGGAGAACGGCUUCCACCAUCGCUGCAAUUAUCCUGCUUGGACUUACUCUUAUACAAACUAUAUGUUCUGUACUUUCCUUUUAG